CUGGUUCCAGUGCUGCAUGUUUCGGUUGCUCUUUAUUGAUUGAUUUCUCUGAGGGAAUGGUACAUUUUCUCCUGCGACGGAGCUGGAUCGGUCAGAUUCGUCUCGCGCUCACUCUCCUCGGACUCCCGUUUACCGUCAGCAGCCCCGGACUGAAGUCCACGCUCUCCUGUUCUUCAUCAUAUCCUUUUUUAACCAGUCAGACCAUCAGACCAUUCAGCUCCAGCCUCUGUAGCCUCUACAUGACCAGUGUUAGGGCCAUGCCAUCCUCAGCAGCACCCCACGUGAAGGCCAGGUGCCCCGUGUACCCAGGCUCCAAAAUAAAGCGCUUUGUGGUUCCUGAUGAUAAAGUGGACUGGAGUCAGAGCUGGUCGCAGUAUAAUCCAGUCAGCUACACCGACCCUGCAGUGACAAAGAAGCCCGUAUGGGCGGAUCCUGAUAUCGGCUCUUUCUCUCCACAGUUCAACAAGGUGGAUGGAGGCGUGGACAGGACGAGCUUCGAGGGCAUCUACAAAAUAGAAAAGGGCAAGCCUCUAAAUCCUCGUGGUCGUACUGGUGUGACCGGCAGAGGCUUGCUGGGACGAUGGGGACCCAAUCACGCUGCAGAUCCAAUCGUCACCAGAUGGAAAGUCGAUGCCAAAGGAGUGAAGAUUAAUCACCCCGUCUCUAAACGGCCGAUUCUGCAGUUUGUGUCCAUCAAGAGGAAAGACUGUGGGGAGUGGGCCAUUCCCGGGGGGAUGGUUGAUCCGGGCGAGCAGGUGUCUCUCACGCUGCAGAGAGAGUUCUCAGAGGAAGCGUUGAACUCGCUCUCUCUGCCGCCGUCGGAGAAAGCAAAAAUUCACGACCGCAUCACCAAACUCUUCAAAUCCCCGGGGUUCCAGGUCUAUAAAGGUUACGUGGAUGAUCCCAGGAACACGGACAACGCCUGGAUGGAGACGGUCGCUGUUAACUUCCAUGAUGAGUCAGGCAACAGUGUGAGUGAGCUGCCGCUGCAGGCCGGUGAUGACGCAGGACAAGUCAAAUGGGUCGAUGUUGACUCGUCGUUCCCUCUCUAUGCGAGUCACUCCCGUUUCCUGGAGCUGGUCGCCAAAGAGAGGAAAGCUCACUGGUAACCAUGGACCAGAGACUCUCAAACACACCGACGAAACAAUGAAGGAAACAUGAAGAGUGUUAUCGCUCUGUGUUUGUAGGAAGCAUGUACGACACUUUAAACCCUGACCCUCUCUAACAGUACUUUAUAACAGUACUUAUAUCACAAUUAUAUAAAAAACAAACUGUUUAAAUGCACUCAGUCGUUUCCACAUUAGCCUGAUUAUGAAAGAACAAAUUACAGAGCCUCUGAACAUAACGCUGGUUUCACAUUUUCACCUCACAGCUGGAGACCGCCCAUGGUGGACGGGGGGGUCUCCUGCAGCAUGGAACGAUGUAAAAGAACAACCAGGAACCAAACAGAGUUUAUAAAACAUGUUUAUAAUAAGACUGCUGUAUGAAGCUGUUGGCAUUCAAACAUGCAGCUCUCUAGAAACGUCAGGUGCCUUUCAGGAGUUUGGUGAAAGUAGCUAAUGUAGAAAGGGUUUUGAGUUUGUCUGCUUGAAUGAUAAAUGAAUUAUAAAGAUGUGUUGGAGCUCACAUUAGCAGCAGAGCUGAACCAAAAAGACAAACGUGUUUUCAGGUGUUAACAGGUGGUUGAAGAGGCCGAUCACACUCUCCAGAACUCUUACAUCAGUGUGUGUCAUCUCUCUGCUGAGCAGACUGAGACACGCAGUGUUAAUCUGUUAGCAUCCGUGACUCAGACACUCGAACACGGCCUCCGCCGUCAUCAGAAGGUUUUUAUUGGCACUCCAUUUCAUUAAUACUGCAGUAUAAUCCAUUACUCAGCAUAACUCUUUCAAUUCUCUGCUCAUGCAGACAUUCAGCCCUGACCAGUCCUCCCAGUCUGCUCUGCAGCUCCUCACCAGUACAUUUACACUGAGAGCUCUUAUUUGAUGUUUCAGGAAGGGAGAGCAUUUCCUCUGGUUUCCUUACAGCAUGACUCAGACCUGAGACAAACCAGAAACACGGGAAAAGACUUUAAUUUGACCUUAUUACUCUGUGAUCUGUGGUCGAUACAAAAACAUACAAAAUUGCAAAGAUUAAAUGAUAAUCAGAAAAAUGUAGGUUACUUUUUCUCCAACAGUAUUCAGCGUAAAGUUCUGCAGCUUGCAUCAGAAUGUCAGUAAAUGUUGUCGUAGUUAAUCCAUGUUCCUAAAUUUGAAGGCAUUUGACACCAAAGUGACUGAUUUAGUUUCUAGUCAUUAACUGAACCCAGAUAAGGUAUAAAUUAUUGCGAAUUCUUUGAUUUGUUUGUGCAGUUUUCUUCAUAAAAUAAACGUGUGUCCUGAAAGUGAUCGCUGCACGUUGUGUUGUGUUCCUCAUAAAACAUGGAACAUGAGUGUCUACUUAGUGGAUUUAGUGACAUUAGUAACAAAUGUGAGUGUUUAUGCAAACUUUUUCAUCUUAAAAACUGUAAAAUGCAAUUAUGAUGAUUAUUUUGUUCAUCUUGGGUGUAAUGCAUUUAUUUCUAACCACAUUAUCCUUCCAAGCAUCUUAGCAAAUAAAU